AUGCCAAACAACACCUCCUCCCCCGUCAAGCGCCCCGGUCUCGCUCGUCGAGCGGUCUCCUCGCAUGCAGUAGUCACGCGGGCCAAUACCACCAGCGACUUGUCCGAGUCGCACACCAACAAGGCCCUCGUACACCCUGUACAUCUUAAGUCACAUCGCGCACAUGUGGUGGGCGGUCACCGCAAUCAUCAUCGGAACCCCUCGCUUGGGAAGAACCUGAGCAAACUGAAGCUCUUUCAACUUGCCCCCGAGGCCACCACCCGAAACCACCAUCGCAAGAAGUCUGCCCCGGCGACUCCUGUGGGUAGCCCCAAGGACAAGGGACAUGUACGUUGGGACGGCGCGCUGGAAGAUCACCCGAAGAACUCGAUGAAAAGAAAUAACUCGACCCCCGUUCUACGACGCAACAACUCUGGUGGGACCGUGAGUAAGAAAGCUCUCGUAACCGACCGCCCGCUAUUGAGCGCCGGCAAGAAGAAGUCAGUUGGAUUUGAGUUGGGUGAUGAUCUUAACGACGACGCUGAGUGGGAAGACACCACGCAAUCACCCGAAAGUACAAGGCGCAACUCGGUCGCGCCCUCUAACCCCAGCCUCGAGAACAACAACCAAGUCCUCGUCGAUCCCCUUACCUUUGUGAAACGACCGUAUCCGCAAAUCUCUCGCGCUACCAGUCUCCCAGAAUCGAUCACAAACAAAUUUGUACGCGACCAGUCCGAUCCAGACGAAGAAGACGAGGACGAAGACGAAGACGCGGACGAGCGACAGGACGAUUCCCAGGAACUUGACCAGUCCGCCGACCAGGGCGAUAUCGCGAACCGUUUGUUGAGUCCCACCCACUCUGCGAAAGCACCACCAGCUAUGUCUUCAAUCUCAGCGAUGGCCAAGCCGUCGGCCAAGGAUCCCGCGUCGCGCAGUGCCUCCGUGAACCUGGCCCAAGAAAGUACUCGACGGACAUUCUCUACAUCCAACCCUGGGCUGGCCAUGACACCUGGUAGCCAGCCCCACGCAACUUCAUCUUCGAUGGAGGGCGGCGUUUCCAGAUUUAUUGUUAGCAAUAAGACCGCCAAUCAAGCAUCAUCGCGAACUGAUUCCGACCCGAACACCCCCUCCUCAUUCCUCCCUCACUACCACCCACAAACACCCCCAUCUCCAAACCGCGGCGCUGCAAAAGCAGCAGCAUCUCCAGCUCGGCCCCUUGGUGUUGACUUGCCCUCACGGACUCAACAGAAGCUAUGGCUCCAGCGCACAGCUACCCUGAAUGACUCUCCCCCGACAACCAUGGAAGGCAUCAACGGCGGGGCUCGCACUGGAGCUAUUGGUCAUGACAAUGAAUCGCGACAAACUCGCAAAGCAUACGAGAAGGUAGCUUUGGAGCUGACAGCAGUACGACGAUUCCAAUCACCCACGGGCGAUAGCUUCAACCGACUGCGCACCAUCGCUCGUGCAUCCAAGGCAUCUGCCCUUGGCAAACCUAUCAAGUCGGCCCCCUCGUUACCCCUUCUUCAGACUGGUAAACGCCCCAGUCGACUUGGAUCUAGUUCGGAAUCGAAGUCGCAGCUACAUGACCCACAAUCCUCCACCUCGGAAGAUCCGGCCACUCAGAGCGAGUCCACCGACGCUGUGCAGGCAACCAAAUCCUUUCACCCCUCCCACCGAAUUCUUUCUACAUCGGACGAGGCUGCGCAUGGCCUGACCGGAGAGCAAGAUACCGAAGACUACCCACAAGUCAACCAAACCGAUAUGAUGAUCCGUCGCAUGUGGGAGAGUCGAGAGGUGGCUACGUCUGGAUAA